AUGCUUGUAAUUAAUUCAUUACGCUGGUUUCCAACAAUUCAUGUGGCUCCCCAAUUUUUUAUUCUUAAUGGAAUACCAGGUCUGGAAAGAGUACAUGUAUGGAUCUCCCUUCCCCUCUGCACAAUGUACAUCAUCUCCCUCGUGGGGAAUCUUGGUCUUGUGUACCUCAUUUAUUAUGAAGAGUCCUUACAUCGUCCGAUGUAUUUCUUUUUGGCCAUGCUUUCUCUCAUUGACCUCCUUACCUGCACCACCACUCUACCCAAUGCACUCUGCCUCUUCUGGUUCAGUCUCAAAGAAAUUAACUUCAAUGCUUGCUUGGCCCAGAUGUUCUUUGUUCAUGGGUUCACAGGUGUGGAGUCUGGUGUGCUCAUGCUCAUGGCUCUGGACUGCUAUAUAGCCAUUUGCUACCCUUUACGUUAUGCUACCACACUUACCAACCCUAUCAUUGCCAAGGCUGGGCUUGCAACCUUCCUGAGGGGUGUAUUGCUGAUGAUUCCUUUCCCGUUCUUGGUCAAGCGUUUGCCUUUCUGCCGAAGCAAUAUCAUCUCCCAUACAUACUGCGACCACAUGUCUGUGGUAAAGCUGUCCUGUGCCAGCAUCAAGGUCAAUGUAAUCUAUGGUCUAAUGGUUGCUCUCCUGAUUGGAGUGUUUGACAUUUGUUGUAUAUCUGUCUCUUACUCUAUGAUCCUCCAGGCAGUGAUCAGCCUCUCCUCAUCAGAUGCUCGGCAGAAGGCUUUCAGCACCUGCACAGCUCAUAUAUCUGCCAUCAUCAUCACCUAUGUUCCAGCAUUCUUUACUUUCUUUACUCACCGUUUUGGGGGGCACACAAUCUCCUCUUCUCUUCACAUCAUUGUGGCUAAACUUUAUCUUCUUCCACCAACACUAAACCCCAUUGUUUAUGGAAUAAAGACAAAACAGAUACGAGACAGUGUCAUAAAGUUCUUCCAGGGUGAUAAAGGUGAAGGUUGA